AGUUACGCGCCAAAACUGCUGUUUGCGGCGUUGUUGUGAUUUGCUUUGUAAUUUGUAAUUUAGACUCACGAUCAUUAUACAAUUAAAUAAUAAGCCAGUUAUUAUAAACAAUUAUACAAUAAAAUGGAAGGAUUUGAUGAUCCCGGUGUUUUCUUCUCCGACAACUUUGGAGUCGAGGAUAAUGAAUCUCGCGAUCAAGCUAACCUACAAGCUGUAAAAAAGAAGUUCAAAGAGUUCAUUCGCCAGUUUCACGUCGGAAAUUUCAACUACAAAUACAGAGAUGCUCUUAAACGUAAUUACAACCUGGGCAAAUAUUGGGUUGAAAUAAAUAUAGAGGAUCUAUCAAGUUUUGAUGAAGUUCUUGCUGAGAAACUAUACAAGAAGCCGAGUGAACAUCUUCCAAUUUUAGAAGAGGCUGCUAAAGAGUUGGCAGAUGAGCUGACAGCUCCACGUCCCGAGGGUGAGGACACAGUUGAAGACAUACAGGUGCUUUUGUCUUCUGAUGCACACACAUCUAAUCUGAGGGAGCUGAAAUCAGAUACCGUCUCCCGUCUAGUGAAGAUCCCUGGCAUCGUGAUAUCCGCAUCAGGCAUCAAAGCCAAGGCCACCAAGAUCUCCAUCCAGUGCCGCUCGUGCCGCAACGUCAUCCCCAACCUGCCCGUCAAGCCGGGCCUGGAGGGUUAUGUCAUGCCUAGGAAAUGUAACACGGAGCAGGCUGGUCGACCAAAGUGUCCAUUGGAUCCAUAUUUCAUCAUUCCAGACAAAUGCAAAUGCAUUGAUUAUCAGGUCCUGAAGCUACAAGAGGCCCCGGAAAGUAUCCCGCAGGGCGAGAUGCCGCGCCACCUGUCUGUGUACUGCGAGCGUGUGCUCUGUGAGCGCGUGGCGCCGGGCGCUAGAGUCCAAGUUCUAGGUAUCUAUUCUAUCAAGAAGAUCGCCAAGCAGGGGAGGGAAGGUCGCGGCGACAAGAGCGUCGGCGUCCGCUCGUCCUACCUCCGCGCCGUCGGCCUGUCCGCCGACGAGGGCGCCACCGGCGGCCUGCAGCCCUUCACCGCGGACGAAGAGGAACAGUUCCGGCGCCUCGCCGCUUCACCCGACAUCUAUGACAGGAUCUCCAUGUCCAUAGCGCCCAGUGUGUUCGGGGCUGUUGAUAUGAAGAAGGCGAUCGCUUGUCUUCUGUUUGGAGGUGCCCGUAAACGGCUCCCGGACGGUCUGACCCGGCGCGGCGACAUCAACAUCCUCCUGCUCGGGGACCCCGGUACUGCCAAGUCUCAGCUCCUCAAGUUCGUGGAGAAGGUGUCGCCUAUCGGCGUGUACACGUCCGGGAAGGGGUCCAGCGCGGCUGGGCUGACGGCUUCAGUCAUCAGGGAUCCGGGCAGCCGCAAUUUCGUGAUGGAAGGCGGUGCCAUGGUGCUCGCCGACGGAGGGGUCGUCUGCAUCGACGAGUUCGACAAGAUGCGGGAAGACGACCGCGUCGCCAUACACGAGGCUAUGGAGCAGCAGACCAUCUCCAUCGCCAAGGCUGGCAUAACUACCACACUAAACUCCCGCUGUUCGGUGCUAGCGGCCGCCAACUCUGUAUUCGGUCGUUGGGACGACACGAAGGCCGACGACAACAUCGACUUUAUGCCGACUAUCCUGUCGCGAUUCGACAUGAUCUUCAUCGUGAAGGACGAACACGACCAGAACCGCGAUAUUACGCUCGCGAAGCACAUAAUCUCGGUUCACAUGGGCGGCGACAGCGCCGAGCGCGAGACGGCGGCGGGCGAGCUGCCGCUGGCGCUGCUGCGGCGCUACGCCGCGUACUGCCGCGCGCGCUGCGGGCCGCGCCUCGCGCCCGGCGCCGCCGAGCGCCUGCAGGCGCGCUACGUGCUCAUGCGCACCGGCGCGCUGCAGCACGAGCGCCAGGCCGACAAGCGCCUCUCCAUACCCAUCACUGUCCGACAACUUGAAGCUGUCGUCCGCAUCUCCGAAUCCCUCGCCAAGAUGCAGUUACAACCGUUCGCGACUGAAGCGCACGUGACCGAGGCCCUGCGGCUGUUCCAGGUGUCCACGCUGGACGCGGCCAUGACCGGCAGCUUAGCAGGUGCUGAAGGCUUCACAACAGAAGAAGACCACGAGAUGCUCUCCCGCGUCGAGAAGCAACUUAAGCGUCGCUUCGCAGUCGGCUCCCAAGUGUCCGAGCAGACCAUCAUACAGGACUUCCUGCGACAGAAGUACCCGGAGCGCGCCAUCCAGAAGGUCAUCCACACCAUGAUCAGGCGGGGCGAGCUGCAGCACCGCUUGCAGAGGAAAAUGCUGUACAGGCUUUCUUGAUUGUAUGUUUCUUUGUUUUAUG